UGGGGAUGUGCUUCUGGUGGAGGCUGUGUAUUAUGGACAGUUUAUCGUAGGAGGUUUCGUGACAGUGGCAGGAAAUGGAUAUGAAAGUGAAAUAUGAGACUGAUUUGGACCAGCCAGGAGAUGCAAUUAAAGAAGAUGUGGAGGAGGAGCUGCCACAUGCAGAAGUCAUAGACAUAUUCCAGGAAGGACUUGCAAUGUUAGUCCAGGACCCAUUAUUAUGUGACCUGCCCAUACAGGUUACAUUAGAAGAAAUAAAUUCCCAAAUUGCACUUGAAUUUGGUCAAGCAAUGACAGUCCGGGUUUGUAAGGCUGACGGGGAAGUGAUGCCUGUCGUUGUUGUCCAGAAUGCUACAGUUCUCGAUUUAAAACGAGCCAUUCAGCGAUAUGUUCAGCUGAAGCACCAGAGGGAAGGAGGGAUACAGCAUAUCAGCUGGAAAUAUGUCUGGAGAACCUACCAAUUGUCCUUUUCUGGAGAGAAGCUUGAAAAUGAAGAAAAAAGUCUUCGAGGAUAUGGUAUUAAAAACAGAGAUGAAGUGGUGUUCGUGAAGAAACUGAAAAAGAAGUAAUGAUCUGUAUCAAGAGCAUCUAGUGACAGAACCUCAGUGGUGGAUGUCGGGUCAUGAACAGCGCUGAUGUCUUCUGGCAGAUUAUUCACAAUUGAUAUUUAUUAUAUUGUUUUUUUUUAAAUGAUGUCACUUUCACAAUCUUGUAUAUUAAAAAUGCGGAACAUAUUUUUUAUUAUUUUAUGGAUGUGUAUUAUGAUUAGUUUUUAUGUUAUGAAUUCAAGAAUUCAACACUAGGGCACAGAGGCAUAGACAAGCUGAUCAAAAAGACGUAUGUACCCCAAAAUGAUACCAAUAAAAACUACAGCCUGUCUCGCAAAAAACAAGCCCCCACACAGCUACAUUGGUGAAAAAAUAAAAAUGUUAUAGAUGUUAUAGUAUAUCAUGAUGCAAAAAGUAUGCUGAAAAAGUAGUAAAACCUAAAAUAAAAAAAAUAUAUACAUUUGGUAUAGUUAUAACCGUACAACCCACAGAAUAAAAUUAUAUAUUUACCGCAAGAGGAACCCCAUAAAAAACACAGACAGAAUUGACAUUUUGACCUACUUCACCUCCACAAAAAAUGUUAAAAAAAGUUAUCAAACAGAUAUAUAUCUCAAAAGGAUACCAAUAAAAACUACAGGCCAUCUAGCAAAAAACAAGCCCUAACACAGCUACAUUGGUGAAAGAAAAAAAUGUGAUGGCCCCUAAAAACAAUAUCAGCAAAUUACAUGUUAGAAAAUCCCAGAUGCCGCUCCUUCCCUUCUGAAUGCUGCUGUUUACGACCACAUAUAUAGUGUUGCCAAAUUCAUUAAAAAAUGCAUUACACAUUGUGGGGUGCAUUUUUUCCUUUUACUCCUUGGGAAAAUAAUACAUUUGGGGCAAGGCAACAUUAUAUUGGAAAUAAAAGUUAAUUUUUCAUUUCCACAGCCAAGUUUUUCUAAAUUAUAUGAAACGCUUGUUGGGUCAAAGCAUUCACUUGACCCCUAGAUUUACUCCUUGAGGGGUCUAGUUUGUAAAAUUGGGUCCCUUUUUGGGGUUUUCUUUCUAUGGGUACCUCAGGGGCUCUUGAACUGUGACAUAACACCUGAAAACCAGCAAAUCUGCCCUCCAUUAACAAUAUGGCGCUCCUUUCCUUCUGUGCCCUGCCGUGUGCCCAUACAGCAGGUUACGACCACAUAUGGGGUCGUAAACUGCAGAAUCAGAGUAAUAAAUAU